CUAUCACCGCCGAGGUUUUCUGGGGCAGUGGGGGAGGAUGCCCACGAGUUUCUAGUUACUUGCCGCGAGCGGCUACAGACUUUGGGUUUAGUGGAGUCGAGAGGGGCAGACUUCACCGCUUACCAGUUAGACGGUCCCGCCAGGCAGUGGUGGCGUACAUACUUAGAGACCAGGCCAGCUGGGUCUCCACCGGUCACAUGGACUGAGUUUUCAGAGGCCUUCUUGGCCCGAUUUAUUCCCAGGAGCAUCAGAGAUCAGCUCAGAGAUCAGUUUGCUCGGUUAGAGCAGGGCUCCAUGACAGUAUCAGAGUAUGAGGCCCGAUUCCACGAGCUCUCCAGGCAUGCCGCCAUGAUAUUACCUACUGAGGAGGAGAGGGUUCGUUGUUUUGUUCGGGGUUUGAGACUACAGUUGCGGAUUGAGACUCAGUCUUUAGUCUCAGCGGGCCGCUCAUUUCUAGAUGUAGUGGACCAUGCCCGCACUAUCGAGCAGCUCCGUCGCGAGGCCCAAGGGGGCAGCGGCAAGAGACCUAGACAGGAGGAUAGCUAUGAUAGGCGCCGUUUCAGACCCCGAGGGUCUUAUGAUAGAUCCCAGCAGAGGUUUCAGUCGGGUCAGUCUAGUAGCCCCUUCCAGGCUGCUCUCCAGGCAUCAGAGGGUGAUCAGCACCGCCAUAUUGGUUUUAGUGCCGGUCCUAGUCGGGGCCGAGAUAGUUCACAGAUGGGUUCUUCUGGCCGGGGUAGCCGACCUCCAGCUCUCAGUCGACAGUUCCAGGGGUGUUAUGAAUGUGGGGGGUUAGAUCAUUGGGCCCGCGAGUGUCCCCAUCGCAGGUUAGCCUUACCCGCUCCACAGGCAGCUAGGCAUGCGCCAGCACCUCCAGCUAGAGGCAGAGGCCAGGGACAGGACCGUAGGGGUGGUCACCAGGGUAUACGGGGUGGUCCCCGAGGAGGCAGAUUAGGGGGCAGAGUCGAUGCACAGGGUAGGGGAGUCCAGGCCCACUUUUAUGCAGCUCCAGCUAGAGCAGAUGCUGAGACCUCGGACGAUGUGAUCACAGGGAUGGCUCGCACGCGUGGUAGGGCCCCAGCUAGGGGUAGAGGCCGACCUCGAGGUCGUGCCAGAGCUACAGCACCAGCCCAGGACCGAGAGCAAACUCCAGAGCCGGUGAUAGAGCCACCAGCAGCUCCAGCACCGCAGCAGCCGAUGGGUCCGGGAUCAGCCCAGCCACCGCCCGAGCCUGUGGCAGCUCCAGAUAUACAGGCGAUGCUCGUACAGAUACUAGCUGCCAUUGGGGGUAUGCAGCAGGCCCCAGCUCCAGUUGUUCCAGUACCGCAGGGCCAGCCUACACCAGCGGCACCGAUUGUCCAGCCUGACGAUUUGGAGAGCGUCAUGCCACUACGGGAGCAGAAGAUGCUCGGUGUGUUCCUUAGACUAUCACCGCCGAGGUUUUCUGGGGCAGUGGGGGAGGAUGCCCACGAGUUUCUAGUUACUUGCCGCGAGCGGCUACAGACUUUGGGUUUAGUGGAGUCGAGAGGGGCAGACUUCACCGCUUACCAGUUAGACGGUCCCGCCAGGCAGUGGUGGCGUACAUACUUAGAGACCAGGCCAGCUGGGUCUCCACCGGUCACAUGGACUGAGUUUUCAGAGGCCUUCUUGGCCCGAUUUAUUCCCAGGAGCAUCAGAGAUCAGCUCAGAGAUCAGUUUGCUCGGUUAGAGCAGGGCUCCAUGACAGUAUCAGAGUAUGAGGCCCGAUUCCACGAGCUCUCCAGGCAUGCCGCCAUGAUAUUACCUACUGAGGAGGAGAGGGUUCGUUGUUUUGUUCGGGGUUUGAGACUACAGUUGCGGAUUGAGACUCAGUCUUUAGUCUCAGCGGGCCGCUCAUUUCUAGAUGUAGUGGACCAUGCCCGCACUAUCGAGCAGCUCCGUCGCGAGGCCCAAGGGGGCAGCGGCAAGAGACCUAGACAGGAGGAUAGCUAUGAUAGGCGCCGUUUCAGACCCCGAGGGUCUUAUGAUAGAUCCCAGCAGAGGUUUCAGUCGGGUCAGUCUAGUAGCCCCUUCCAGGCUGCUCUCCAGGCAUCAGAGGGUGAUCAGCACCGCCAUAUUGGUUUUAGUGCCGGUCCUAGUCGGGGCCGAGAUAGUUCACAGAUGGGUUCUUCUGGCCGGGGUAGCCGACCUCCAGCUCUCAGUCGACAGUUCCAGGGGUGUUAUGAAUGUGGGGGGUUAGAUCAUUGGGCCCGCGAGUGUCCCCAUCGCAGGUUAGCCUUACCCGCUCCACAGGCAGCUAGGCAUGCGCCAGCACCUCCAGCUAGAGGCAGAGGCCAGGGACAGGACCGUAGGGGUGGUCACCAGGGUAUACGGGGUGGUCCCCGAGGAGGCAGAUUAGGGGGCAGAGUCGAUGCACAGGGUAGGGGAGUCCAGGCCCACUUUUAUGCAGCUCCAGCUAGAGCAGAUGCUGAGACCUCGGACGAUGUGAUCACAGGUCCGAGCACUAGUAGCCAGCGUUGAUCGAGCUUGGAGUAGACUUUUCCGGAGACGGGGGUGAGCACACGGCGUUUUGUACUAUUUCAGUCUCCAUCUGUAUAUAUAGACUUGUCUUUUUCCUUUCGAGACAGUCCAGUCUCUGUUGUCCAGUUUUGGGACUUGUACUCAUUUUGUAGUAGCUCUGUACUAGUGACUUCCAGGUUCUGGGAGGGAUCUUUAUUUGUAUAUAUGUUUUGGGUGCUUCCGCCUAUUUAUAUUA